CAGGUUUGCGUUGCACUGCGAGCAGCGACUGCUGGGCCAGCAGACAUGAAAAAUAUACAUGUUGGCAAGGAGCAGCGGCUUCAGCAAGCUUGUUAGCUGCUAGAGCUAACAAGCCCUUUACCCAGAGGGGAAAUAUUACGCAGUAAGAUGAUGAGCUGUCAUCUUCUGAGAAAGGCAAAUCUGUACAGCGCACAUCACUUGUUAGCUAAUGGCCGUCGACGGUGGACACAGGGAUAGCGGUUGCGACUGGGAUGGUCGCUGGAAUCAUGUGAAGAAGUUUUUGGAGAGGCCGGGCCCCUUCACACAUCCUGACUUCGAGCCAAGCACUGAGUCUCUGCAGUUUUUGUUGGAGACGUGCAAGAUUCUGGUCAUCGGUGCAGGAGGACUUGGGUGUGAACUUCUGAAAAAUCUGGCCCUGUCCGGGUUUCGCCUCAUUCAUGUGGUUGACAUGGAUACCAUUGACGUGUCAAAUCUCAACAGGCAGUUUCUUUUCAGGGCCAAAGAUGUUGGAAGACCAAAGGCAGAUGUGGCGGCUGAUUUUAUCAACAGCCGGAUCUCAGGAUGCAAAGUUGUCCCUCACUUUAAAAAGAUUCAAGACUUCGAUGAUUCUUUCUACAGGCAGUUUCACAUCAUUGUCUGUGGACUUGACUCCAUUGUCGCUCGGCGCUGGAUAAAUGGGAUGCUGAUAUCCCUCCUGAGCUACGAAGAUGGCGUUCUGGAUCCCAGCUCGAUUAUCCCCCUCAUCGACGGAGGGACAGAGGGCUUUAAAGGAAACGCUCGCGUCAUCCUCCCCGGCAUGACAGCGUGCAUUGAUUGCACACUGGAGCUCUACCCUCCCCAGAUAAAUUUUCCCAUGUGCACCAUUGCAUCAAUGCCCAGGCUGCCAGAACACUGCAUUGAAUACGCCAGAAUCUUACAGUGGCCCAAAGAAAAGCCCUUUGGAGACGCGAGUUUAGACGGGGACAAUCCAGACCACAUCCGGUGGGUGUUUGAGAGGUCCCAAGAAAGAGCAGCAGAGUUUAGCAUCACAGGAGUGACGUACCGACUCACGCAGGGAGUUGUGAAGAGGAUCAUUCCCGCUGUGGCAUCAACUAAUGCUGUCAUCGCCGCUGCCUGUGCAACAGAAGUCUUUAAAAUCGCUACAAGUGCAUAUAUUCCCUUGAAUAACUACCUGGUCUUUAAUGAUGUGGAUGGACUAUACACCUACACCUUUGAAGCAGAGAGAAAGGAAAAUUGCACCGCUUGUAGCCAGGUACCUCAGGAUCUCCAGUUCCCUCCUUCUGCCAAAUUACAGGAAGUUUUAGAGUACCUGACUGAGACGGCCUCAUUACAAAUGAAAUCACCUGCCAUCACCACAACGCUUGAAGGAAAGAAUAAGACUUUGUAUCUGCAGUCCGUAAAAUCCAUCGAGGAGCGUACAAGGCCAAACCUCUGCAAAACUUUAAAAGAGCUGGGCUUGUCAGACGGUCAGGAAAUAGCUGUUGCAGACGUCACCACUCCCCAGACGGUUCUGUUCAAGCUCAAUUUCACCGCUUGAACAAAUGGCAGAUUAAACCGCACUGACGCAUCUGAGAAGCUGGACGUUCGAUAAUUGCGGUCUAUUUUUCAUCUUUUUGCUCUCGCAGUUGCACAUUUGACAUUAGGAUGUAAAUAAGGCGAGUAUGGUCUCACUUGUGAGACAUCAUGUUGUGUUGUCAGAACAUUGAGUCAAAUAACAUUGUUUUUGUUACAUCGUUUACUUCUUUAUUUGCCCCGUGCAGAUUCAUAUUGUAUCCAGUUUCCUAUCAUUGGAGAAUAAUUAUGUAUGUAAACUUUAACCUAAUAAAGUUUUAUCAUUACAAAUUG